AUGCUGUCCAUUUUGCUUCCUUCCAGGGGAAGCAGAAGCGGGAGCCAUUGUGGAGCUCUGCUCCUGGAGGGAGCCUCCCGGGACAUGGAGAAGCUGGACACGAACACAUCACAGGCACAAGGUCUCUGCCAGUUCUCAGAGAAGUACAAGCAAGUCUACCUCUCCCUGGCCUACAGUAUCAUCUUUAUCCUAGGGCUGCCACUAAAUGGCACUGUCUUGUGGCACUCCUGGUGCCAAACCAAGUGCUGGAGCUGUGCCACCAUCUAUCUGGUGAAGCUGAUGGUGGCCGACCUGCUUUAUGUGCUGACAUUGCCCUUCCUCAUCAUCACCUACUCACUAGAUGACAGGUGGCCCUUCGGGGAGCUGCUCUGCAAGCUGGUGCACUUCCUGUUCUACACCAACCUUUACGGCAACAUCCUGCUGUUGACCUGCAUCUCUGUGCACCACUUCCUAGGUGUGUGCCACCCACUGCGUUUGCUGCCCUGCCGGACCCGCAGGCAUGCCUGGCUGGGCACCAGCACCACCUGGGCCCUGUUGGUCUUCCAGCUGCUGCCCACACUGGCCUUCUCCCACACGGACUACAUCAAUGGCCAGAUGAUCUGGUAUGACAUGACCAACCAAGAGAAUUUUGAUCGGUUUUUUGCCUGCGGCAUAGUUCUGACAUUGUCUGGCUUUCUUUCCCUCCUUGGUCAUUUUGGUGUACUAUUCACUGAUGGUCAGGAGCCUGAUCAAGCCAGAGGAGAACCUCAUGAGGACAGCCUGAGCCAAGUCCAUCCGGACCAUCCUACUGGUGUGUGGCCUCUUCACCUUCUGUUUUGUGCCCUUCCAUAUCACUCGCUCCUUCUACCUCACGAUCCGCUUUCUGCUUUCUCAGGACUGCCAGCUCUUGAUGGCAGCCAGUGUGGCCUACAAGAUAUGGAGGCCUCUGGUGAGUGUGAGCAGCUGCCUCAACCCAGUCCUGUACUUUCUUGGAGGGGCAAAAAUAGAGUCAGUCUCCUCCACAAACUGAGGCAGAACAAGUUGGGUGAGUAUCCAGCUGGGGGAAGGAAGAGAUGCCCAGGGGUGAACAGAUCUGGGUAA